AUGACAAUACUGUUAGAUCAACACAUGAUUUUCAUUCUUCUCUUUUGCCUCUGGCACAUAAGUAUUGCACAAGCAGCAUCAAGAGCAGAAGCCCCGCCCAUAGCAAUGCCUAAUUGCACAACGCUAUGCGGAGGUGUGAGCAUCCCUUACCCUUUUGGCAUUGGACCAAGCACCAAUUGUUUCUUAAACGAGUGGUUUCAAAUAGACUGCAACAAGUCUACUGGGCACAAGCCGUUCUUGCGGCGUGCCCAACUGGAGGUGCUCAACAUUUCUAUCAAUGGCACGCUUCGCGUUAACAGCCCCGUCACUUUUCUGUGCAACACCAAGAAGGGAAAAACAAGUCACCAACUGCUGGCAAAUUUGACGGGAAGCUUCUUUGUGUUCUCUCAGAGGCACAACAUAUUCACUGCAGUGAGUUGCGGCUUCCUUGCCGUUGUGACAAGCUCAAAUGACGAUGAUAUGGUUGCUGUUGCCGAUAAAAUCAUUGGUGGGUGCAGGUCCAUUUGUGAUAGCUUUCAAAAGGGUAGGUCAAACUAUGAUGGCUGCGAUGGUAUUAACUGUUGCCAAACUACAAUUCCACCAAACCUCACUUCCGUCACCACUCACAUUCUAUAUGCAAACGCAUCGGCUAUAGAUUGUACGGACUACCCUCCAACAGACUAUAUCUAUGAGAAAAAUAUUAACUAUGCGUUCCUGGUUGACAGGGAAUGGUUUGACCACACUUCUUCAAGAGCCGUCCAGGCGAUGGAGAAGGUCCCUGUGGUGCUAGAAUGGGCCUUACAGUAUGAUAAUAAUGUAACCGAUCUACUGUUCACUAGCUUCAUUCAUGGUGAAAGAAAUCGUUCCAGGCGGCAUGAUCCAACACCUUAUUGUGAGGUCGAUGAAACUUCCACUUAUUCUUUUUCACCACGGCAUAUGGCCGCAUCGUUUUACUGUCACUGCCCGGAAGGCUUCGAAGGAAAUCCCUAUCUUCGACAAUCUUGCCACGACAUUGAUGAAUGCUCGUACAACCCUACCAUAUGCUUGGCCGGAAGCAAGUGUGUGAACGACUAUGGGGGGUACCACUGCUCCGUGAAUAAAAUGCGUACUCUCAAGUGGGCCCUUAAAGGUCUUGGCGCGGGUCUUGGACUAAUAUUGCUACUUAUUGGUCUAUGGCUGGGAUACAGACUCAUAAAGAAAAGGAAUGACAUUAAAAAUAAGAAGAAGUUUUUCAAACGAAAUGGCGGCUUGUUGUUAGAACAGCAAUUAUCAUCUGGUGAAGUUAAUGUUGAGAGAAUCAAGUUGUUCAAAUCAACAGAGUUAGAGAAAUCCACUGACAAUUUUAACGUCAAUAGAAUUCUAGGUCAAGGAGGACAAGGUACUGUUUACAAAGGAAUGUUGACGGAUGGUAGAAUCGUUGCUGUAAAAAAGUCUAAAGUAGUUGAUGAAGGGCAACUUUCAGAAUUCAUCAAUGAAGUUGUGAUUCUUUCACAAAUCAACCACAGGAAUGUGGUUAAAAUACUGGGUUGUUGCUUAGAGACUGAAGUUCCUCUUUUGGUUUAUGAAUUCAUACCCAAUGGAACUCUUUAUCAGUAUAUCCAAGGACAGAUUGAAGAGUUUCAACUUACAUGGCAAAUGCGCUUACGCAUUGCCUUGGAAAUUUCAGGUGCUCUUUCGUACUUACACUCUGCAGCUUCCUUUCCCAUAUAUCACAGAGACAUUAAGUCUACAAACAUACUCUUGGACGAAAAGUACAGAGCAAAAGUUGCUGACUUUGGAACUUCGAGAUCAAUUGUCAUAGGCCAAACUCACCUGACCACAGUUAUACAUGGAACAUUUGGUUAUUUGGACCCGGAAUACUUUCGGUCAAGCCAAUUUACAGAGAAAAGUGAUGUUUAUAGCUUCGGAGUAGUCCUUGUUGAGCUCUUGACUGGAGAAAAACACAUUUCUUUGGUAACAAGCUCAGCGAAAGAAAAAGAAUACAGAAGUCUUGCUGCAUAUUUCAUUACAUCGAUGGAGGAAGAUCGUCUGUUAGACAUUGUUGAUGCUCUGGUUUUGAAGGAGGGCUCUGAAAUAGAGAUCAGGGUAGUUGCUAACCUUGCAAGAAGAUGUUUGAAUUUGAAUGGAAGGAAUCGACCUACAAUGAGAGAGGUCACAGCGGAGUUGGAGGCACUUCAACUGGCAGAAAAAUCCUCUAAUACUCAACAAAAUUAUGAAGGUGUGGAAUUUGUCGAACAUAAAUCUAUUGAGCAAUGGGGUGCUGUUUCAAGCUCAACAGGAACAGGAUGGUCAGCUUGGGAUCGUGAUGGUGAUGAUCCAACUUCGUCAUUACUGGAACUUCCACAAUUAUCUGUAAAAACAUGGUGA